CGGUAUGGUUCACAUGCAGCUUACACGCUGAUGAGCGACACGAGACAGAACUUCAUCCGCAACAAAAAACCAAGGAAACAGGGACGAGGAAGAAGGCUCCAUAUGCAUGGACGCGUGGGUUUAGCGAUUGGGGUAUCCGGGAUGCAUUAAUGGGGCCCAAUCAAUCUGUAGCUUGAUGGUGCAUGAUCCGAUAGGAUUUGAUGAGUGUCUAUUCCAUGCUUGUACUCUUCUUAUCACUAUGUCUUCUCCGGCUCCCCCAAAUACGAGCACAGCCUCCUUCGUGCUGUCGCCGUGGACAUAGGACAUACUCGGAUUCCAAGGGUCCUCAGCGCCAAGCUAAUACGUACUGCAGUCGGGCUGCCCAGCCCACACAUGUCAUAAUAUGGGGUUUCCGUUGCACACCAGCACAUCAAGACCAUAGAGAAUCGUGAUCGCAGCAAUCAAAAUAUGAAAGAAGUUCUUCUUCUGGCGGAGGUGAGGCUGACCUCGCGGUGAGUCUAAGGAGAUAUGACGGCGAAAAGAGGAUGGAGAAAGCUAUUUUCGAGUCUCGACUGGAGAUAUCCUUGCGAUAACAAAGGGACCAGUGAAUGAUUGCCAGGUCCUUCGUUCCGUCGGAGACAAUCAGCAAUGGGUUUAAGAAACUGGGCCAAGGGAUGACCAGGAUUGAACAGUACUAUGGUCCGACGAGCACGCUCAAACGACGAGUGGGCGAUACUAGCUCAACGUGUUCAACCCUCCAGGUGAAGGUUUGAUAAGGACCUCGGCGAUCGGG